AUCGCUACACGGGUACGACUUACAAUUCUUAGUAUAAAAUAACUCCACUCUCCACCUGUUUCCAUCUACCUUGAAGCCCUUCAUCUGAAAGCAUGGUCAAAGAUUUACUGCUGAUGCCACUUACGAUCUGGCAAAUUCACAUUGGAGCCAUCCUCAUAGAUGGUUUUCUCUUAUCAACUCCUGUGUCCUCCAAUCCCACCGGUUCGAUCCGGUUCCCGGGGCUGAUGCAUUCCUUUACCCCUACCGCCGGAGCCGCGCUCGUUACCUAUACACCACUAGAUCCACGAGACCCACCACCCGCUGCUCCGCUACCACCAGAGAUCGGGGAUGCCACCUCAGAGAUUAAGGGUAUGAGUAUUUUUUGGAUCAUAAUGCCAUUGUUCUUGGCAUGCAUGAUCCAUCCGAUCGGCUCCGCCUGUGGCUUCCGCGCAGUCUAUCGUCAUCAAGUUCGGAUUGGGCCACUCAUGUCCCUAUUUGACACUUUACACCUACUAUACGAGAUACACAGCUGCUACAGAAGCACUCCGGGUGGUGAUAACAUAAUUCGCCGAAUUCGCCCUGCCAUACACGAGGUAGUAGUGAUACGACUUCACCAACGUUCAGGGAGCGAAAAGGAUGACCCCAGCAACUCAGAAGGCGCUCCACCGACUGCGCCCCUACCCUCUCGCUCGGAGAAAACCACCCACAACACCCGGGCCAGACACCUAUUAUUCAUUUUAUUGAUAUUGCAGUAUGUGAAGCUUUGUGGCUUCUAUGGCAUUCCCAUAUCGUUCUCUCUGGCGACCAUAUAUUUUGUUUCAUGGAUUAUUAUGGAAAUGAUACUGCUUGUCGGUGAGGGCUGUGCUGCAAUGGAUCUUAGUGGGGCGGAUCCCCCAACGGCAGAUUCGAGUUCGCCGAUUAUUUCAGGAUCAUACGGGCUUCUGGUAUUCAUACUCCAGCUCGUGACGACCAUCAUCGGAGCAACGAUAUUUGUUGUUGCCAGAUUUGAUUUUUGUGAAUCCAUCGUUGAAUCCCCAGAAAGGCCACCACUCCUCUCUCUUCACUGUGCCAUACAUCUGGGUUUUUGGGUUUCACCCCUAUAUUGGGUUGGGCACAUGCUUUUCCUUUACUACUUCUCCCAUAGGACUGUAGGACAAGUCUUAUGGCACUGCACUUGGGGAAUAACCUUCGGUAUCCAAUGCAUAUUCAUUGUCGUUUUCUACCCUUUCUUCAUCCCCAGUACCCCACUGUCUUGGAUUGUAGAACUUGGUGCUUCAUAUUUGAAUUAUUUGAUGUUUUUCUAUGCUUCCCGUUUGCCUUGGCCUGGGGGAGAAGGGGAGGAGGGGAAGCCCCUCACCCCAGGGCGGUUCGGGCAGGGGUUGGUUUCCAGCAGUUGGGCUUUCACAUACGCGGGAGAAUUGCUCUUAUUUUAUGUUUUUCUUUUCCACCCAGAGGGUACGUGGAAAGCCGGUUGGACGGAAUAUUUACCAUGAUAUGUAGAGGAGUAUAGAAUAGGCCGGGUGUGGUCAGCGCCUGUAACAGCAAGCGAUGUUAGAGGUUGUGGGUUGACAGUCCAAGAAUUAUGGGUGAUUGUGGAAGGGAUGGGGGCAUCGUGGCUCCUUUAAGAGUGUGGCAGAUUGUCCUAGCUUACUGAUUUACGAAGCCGGAGAAUAUCCUCAAGGCAUGUCUUUUCUUUGCUAUCACGGGAGUGUGCGGCGGAAUGGGGACAUGGAUGGAGGAGUGGAGAUAGGUGUGGGGAUCCAUGGAAGGAUCAGGAUGCGUUGAUUAUGCUUUAAUAAUACACCUGUCUUUACCAUU